GGCAGCUGGGUGUGGACGCAACCGAACUCUCGGUUGAAGUACAAGAAAAUCUGCCAUAACACAUGUGGAAGAACAGGCGUUAAACAGCCGGUGAGGUGACCCGAGGACGGAGAACAACUGCUGAUAACCGGAUCAAUACCUAAAAGUUUAUUUCACUCCUGAACUUUUUCUUUUGACUCAAACAGGUGAAGAGCUGAGGAAUAAAGACACCUGUAUCUACCUGGUUGGAAUAAAGACACCUGUAUCUACCUGGUUGGAAUAAAGACACCUGUAUCUACCUGGUUGGAAUAAAGAUACCUGUCUCUACCAGGUUGGCGUCUGUCUUGUGUGGAAGCGACAGUAGUGGAGCUGCAUCUUCACACAUACAGCUGUGACCCGUCAUAUAUGUUAUUUUGAAUCAGUUAAGUUUUUCUAAGCUUUUAGAUUUAUUUAAAACAUACAGGGUGGCAAUUAUUUUGUUAAUUGUUUUCUUUUUAAAAAGAAAAACAACAAUACAAAGAUACAAAAAAGUACAUUCAAGUCCCUUGAUUAUAUUUCUGAAUAACAAGUCAAACUCCACUCCCUGCUGAUAAGAACAUGUAAAUCUACCUGUUGACGUCAGUAAAUUUAAUAGGUGAAACUCAAAGUUCAUUCUUGUGACUGAACGGAGCUGAGACGCCAUUUCAGGUGGAGGUUAUGAACUAAAAACCUGAAAUAAAAGGAAUUAAAUCUGUGAUUCAGAGGGACAUUUAACUGGUGAGUCUACCGAUUGAAGGAUACUUCAAAGAUUUGAAGAAAUGGAUGAGAAAACUCUUAAAGAUUUCCUGAGCUGCCACGUUUGUUUAGAGACUUUCAAAGAUCCGGUGUCUCUGAGCUGCAGCCACAACUUCUGUUCAAGCUGCCUGAAAAAGUUCUGGGAAGAAGCUAAAAACAGAAACUGUCCCAUCUGUAAAAGAAAAGAUUCUAAAGAUGAUCUUAGUGUGAACUUUUCACUGAAGGGACUUGCCGAUUCUUUUGCUGGAAGACAGACAGGUGGAUCGUCUGAGACUGAAAAAGAAGAAAAGAGGCUGGAGGAAGUUUGUAAGAAACAUCGAGGAAUACCUCAACUGUUCUGUAGAGACGAACAGAGAACUGUGUGUUCUGUCUGUGAGUUUUCUCUGCACCAGAACCACAAAGUGGUUCCUGUAGAGGAAGCAGUCGGUGAGCUGAAGGAGCAGCUGAAAUCUGACUUAAAGUCUCUGCAGGACAAGAGGAACAAAUACAAACGAGUGGAGAAAACAUAUGAUGAUCUGGUUCAACACUCCAAGAAGCAGCUGCUGUCCACAGAGAAGCAGAUCAGAGCAGAGUUCAACAAACUCCAGCAGUUCCUGAAGGAGGAAGAGGAGUCCAGACUGGCAGCUCUGAGGGAGGAAGAGGAGCAGAAGGGGAGGAGAAUCAGCGGGGAGAGGAAGAGGAUCCAGGAGCAGAUCUCCUCUCUGUCAGACAGCAUCUCUGCUGUGGAAGAAGAGCUGCAGAAAGACAACAUGGCGUUCCUCAGCAGGUAUAAACCCACCCGGGACAGAGCCAGAGAGCAGAGCUCAGUGUCAGAUCCACGGCUGCUCUCAGGAACUCUGGUAGACGAGGCCAAACACCUGGGAAACCUGGCCUUCAGAGUCUGGGAGAAGAUGGGGGACCAGGUCCACUUCAGCCCGGUGGUUCUGGACCCAAACACUGCAAACCUCCGUCUCCAUCCGUCUGAUGAUCUGACCAGUGUGACACAAGGAGAUACAUGGCAGCAGUUUCCUGAUAAUCCAGAGAGAAACCUCAAAUACUCCAGUGUUUUUGGUUCUGAGGGUUUGACCUCAGGGAAACACAGCUGGGAGGUGGAGGUGGGAGAUCAUCCUGACUGGAUUAUUGGUUUGGUUAAAGACUCUGUUGACAGGAAGGGAAAGGUGUUUGCUUCACCUGAAUAUGGAAUCUGGUGUUUAUGGUAUGGUGAUGGAAAAUACACCAAUGGUGCUGGUGAGACCGUCACGGUGGAGACGAGUCUCCGGAGGAUCAGAGUCCAGCUGGACUAUGACGGGGGGAAGGUUUCCUUCUACAACGCUGAAGACAUGACACACAUCUACACUCACAGUGACACUUUCACUGAGAAACUCUUCCCUUAUUUCAGUGUUGGAGAGUCUGGUGGUGCAAAAACCUCUGAGAUCAGAAUCUGUCAGACAAAGAACAGAUUAACCUGAGACUAGAAAAUUUCAGGAAAUGUUGAUAUGCUA